UGCCAAACACCAUCUCUGCCCUAGCCCUCUGAUCAGCCCGCUAUCCGGUCAUCGGUUCCGCUGCUUGCAACAUGGCUGCCUUGCUCCUCGCCAUUGACGUCUUGCCUAGCUAUGCUACUUUAAUUCCACCCAUCCAAGCACAUCCGUUUCCAGCCCUACACUCCCUCUUCACUAUACACCUGCAUCACCGCUUUCAUCAUGGUCGGAGCCACCAUUCCCAUGCGCGAGGGCGUGGAGCUCGUAGGAGAGCAUGGAUACCGAUACCUACUUGUCAGAGCCCUCGGCCAAUCCAACGUGUGGAUUGCCGUGGAUGCCGCCACCCAGGAGAAGAUAUUCAUCGUCAAACAGCCCAGCGACGAUGACGUCGCGUAUGGCUGGCCACGCUUCCAGCACGAAAUGGUCAUGCAUGAGCUUCUCAAAGACAUCCCCACCAUCCGGCAGCAAGUCGACCGCAUUCCACCAUCCUCGAGAGCCGACCCCCCGCGAAUAGUGCUCGAGAUCCUGCAGUCGACUCUGUGGGAUGCGCGCAGAAAGCGCCAGUUUAGCGAUGUGGAAAUCAAGGGCAUCAUGCGCUCGGCUCUUUUGGGCUUGCGGGAUGUACACCAGCGAGACUUGGUAUACGCAGAUCUCAAAAUGCAAAACAUUCUACUGAGUGGAUUCGAGGAAGAGCCCAACGCAAAGGCAGUGGUGGGCGACAGUAGAAUCACAACCAAGCUGGGAGACUUGGGCAUCGUCAUGGAACCAGCAAAGGGUCUGGUUCAGCCCAUCAUAUACCGCGCUCCAGAGGUCUAUUUCAGAAAUGAAAUCAGCCCUGCUGCAGACAUUUGGUCAUGGGGACUCAUCUACUGCCAGCUCUUGGAGGCCCAAGCAUCCUUCCACAAGUACGGUCUCUAUGACGACCUGCUACAAGGCAGUCAGGUACAAAAGGAACGAUCAGUCGAGCGAGCCAUUGCCCAAGACUUUGGCCUGGGCGCGCUGGAUUACUACAACGGAUGCCAUCUUCCCUACCACGACCGCACACACUACGAAGGACAGCAAUGGGACCGACUCAUAGAGAAGGGUGUAUCAGAGAAGGAAAUCCAAUUCCUCCGAUGGGUCCUGAAUCCCGUACCCACCGAUCGACCAACUGCACAAGACAUUCUCGACGCAGGUUGGUUCACCACAGACACCGACAAGACGGGUCGCAUUGCCGAGACUCUCAAGACACGCGUCGAGACUUCUCGCCGCAAAAACCUGCUACGAAAACACAGCGAGCCGCUGCUAUCCAAAAUACCCAUCCACCAACCUGUGCAGAGUACCCAAGCCCCUCGCAUGGACGCUCCAACGGCAUUUUCGUCAUCACACAUACCACAAGCGACUCAGCAACCUGUGCCGUUUGAACCCGUCUCCUUUGUGCCUGUCGAAUCCACGCAGUAUGCCCGGCCUCCAGCCCCGCGAUCCAGCACUCACCGACCCGCUGGGGGCACAUUUAUCAAUUAUGGAUCUUAUAUGUGAUGCAUGUUGAUGUAUUAUGAUAUAAUUCUGAAAUGAAUUAUAAUGUCGUCUAUUUCGGAAUCCGGUCCUGAGGCGCUGGGUGUGUAUUACUAGAAUAAAUACAAAUGUCGGAAUAAAGAAAAUUUCCAAGGGCCAAUGAAUUUAUUGUAUCGAAUGGGAAUAUUCUAGGCACGAUAUUCUGCUAUGUUGACGCGGUGUUCUUAGACUUGACUUUUUUUCAUUUUUCUGUUCGACUUUUGGUUGGUCUGAAAUAUCUUGUUCAUCUAUCUAUUGAAUUUUCAUCCAAG